GUUUGUUUAAACCGAUAAACACAAGUAGAUUCUGGAAAUCAAAGUCUGGUUCAGGAUAAUCCAUCCAUUUCGACAGAACAAUAACAUCAAAGAACGUAUAUGUCUUUUCUGCCAAGCAGUUCAUAAACCCUCUUUGCCUAUUUCUCUCUCCAGUCUCCAUCAUUUAAAAAACCCAAACUUUAUCUUCCCCUUGCAAUCAGAAACCCUAAUUCACUUCUUAUCUUGUUUUUUUUUUUUUUCCUUCCUUCCCCAUUUGAUUCGAUUUCGCAAGAAAAAAACAAAAAAAUUGACAUUUUCAGCUUCUUCAGAUCUUCGAUUCGCCAUUUUCUGAAUAUUAUGCGUGAUCCCUUCUGUUCGUAGUGAUUUAUUAAUGACGAUGAUCUUCUCCAAGCUUGGCCGUUCCAUCACUCGUUCUAAGGGGUUUCUGUACGGUGGUGGUGUGAGAUCGGCGAGGCUGCUUGCUCCGCCGGCUAUUGAGGCGGCGUCCGUUAAUCAAGUUGAAGGUGGAUUAGGGUUUCUGAGACGGCACUUUGCUUCGUUAACUGCUCGAAAGGGAUUUAUCAGCAGUGAUUUAACCGGUGUUUUCGCUAAUCCGAGACUUCGUCGAUUCUUCUCCGACGAAGCCCCGAAGAAGAAGAAUUAUGAGAACUACGUUCCUAAAGACACAAAGCAAGAACCCAAGAGUGACCAGAAAUCAGAGUCUAAAGCAUCGUAUGAUGUCUCGUGUGUGAGAAAGCCUUUUGAGAUUAGUUUCCAAGAGUUCAAAAACAAGCUUCUCGAGCCUGGUCUUGUUGACCACAUUGACGUCUUAAACAAAUCCGUGGCCAAAGUCUACGUGAGGAGCACACCGAAACCUCAAGACGUCGUUGACCACGGCAACGGUACCGGAAUCUCGUCCCCUGCCAAAAAAGCCGGUGGUCAGUACAAGUACUACUUCAACAUCGGUAGUGUCGACUCUUUCGAGGAGAAGCUCGAAGAAGCUCAAGAAGCGUUAGGCGUUGAUCCCCACGAGUUUGUUCCCGUCACAUACGUCUCUGAGAUGGUCUGGUACCAAGAGCUCCUGAGGUUUGCGCCCACGAUGCUUCUCUUGGCUACUCUUCUCUAUGGCGCGAGACGGAUGCAAGGCGGUUUGGGUGUAGGAGGAACCGGCGGGAAAAAUGGCCGUGGGAUCUUCAAUAUAGGCAAAGCCACAAUCACAAGAGCCGAUAAACACUCCAAGAACAAGACCCUCUUGGCGAAAGCCACCGCGGGAGAAUCCGGUGUGCCGUUUCUGUCGAUCUCCGGUUCAGAUUUCAUGGAGAUGUUCGUUGGUGUUGGACCGUCGAGGGUGAGACAUUUGUUCCAGGAGGCUAGACAAUCUGCGCCGUCUAUUAUCUUCAUAGACGAGAUCGACGCGAUCGGACGGGCGAGAGGACGCGGUGGUUUAGGCGGCAACGACGAGCGCGAGAGCACUCUGAAUCAGUUGUUGGUUGAAAUGGACGGGUUUGGUACAACCGCGGGUGUCGUGGUUCUCGCCGGUACGAACAGACCGGAUAUUUUGGAUAAAGCUCUGUUACGGCCUGGCCGGUUUGAUCGACAGAUAACCAUUGAUAAACCGGAUAUCAAAGGCCGUGAUCAGAUUUUCAGGAUUUACCUGAAGAAGAUCAAACUCGACCACGAGCCGUCGUAUUUCUCUCAGAGACUCGCUGCUCUCACUCCCGGAUUCGCCGGAGCUGAUAUCGCGAAUGUCUGUAACGAGGCGGCUCUUAUCGCCGCGAGACACGAAGGAGCUACGGUGACAAUGGCGCAUUUCGAAUCUGCGAUCGAUCGUGUUAUUGGUGGUCUUGAGAAGAAAAACAGAGUGAUUAGCAAAUUGGAGCGUCGUACAGUCGCGUAUCACGAGUCUGGUCACGCGGUUGCUGGGUGGUUCCUUGAACACGCCGAGCCGUUGCUGAAGGUGACCAUCGUGCCACGUGGCACGGCGGCGCUAGGGUUUGCUCAGUACGUUCCGAACGAAAACCUUCUGAUGACGAAAGAGCAGCUCUUCGACAUGACCUGUAUGACCCUAGGUGGCCGUGCAGCCGAGCAGGUAUUGAUAGGGAGAAUCUCGACGGGUGCUCAGAACGAUCUUGAGAAAGUGACGAAGAUGACUUACGCGCAAGUCGCUGUCUACGGUUUCAGCGAUAAAGUUGGACUGCUCUCGUUCCCGCCUAGGGACGAUGGGUACGACUUCUCUAAACCGUAUAGCAACAAAACCGGAGCGAUUAUAGACCAGGAGGUUAGGGAUUGGGUGAGCAAAGCUUAUGAGAAGACAGUGGAGCUGAUUACUGAACACAAAGAGCAAGUGGCUCAGAUCGCUGAGCUUUUGCUGGAGAAGGAAGUGUUGCAUCAGGAGGAUCUUUUGAAAGUUUUGGGUGAACGUCCGUUUAAAUCGGCGGAGAUGACUAAUUAUGACCGGUUCAAGUCUGGGUGGGAAGAGAGUGAGAAGGAGUCUGCCACGUCGACGGUUACGCCUCCUGUGGUGGAUGAAGGAGCUCCUCCGCCGCUUGAACCUCAGGUGGUUCCGAUUUAAGGGGAGAGUGCGGCGGCUUCAUUGUCAAAUUGUAAAUCUAAAUUAAAGAAUGCCAGAACAAUUACGAAAAAUGAAAACAAAAAACACUGUUUUGUUUGACAAUGUUUUUAGUGAUGAGAAACUUGUUAGCAAUGAAUAAUUUUGUUUUCUAAAUUAUUUCUUCUAAUAAGAUUUUUUUUAAGUAAAUUGUUUCCUUCUGUUUGUGUGUUUUGUAAUAAAUGACUGAUGAUGAUAUUGUUAUUUUUACAAAACAUCAGAAUUUUACUCUGAAAUACGUGUUCUAAUGAUCCCAAGUCCCAAUCAAAAGCUGUGUAGCUUAAUUGAAAAAAAAAUUAGAACUGUAGUCGAAAUAUCUGAAUUUUGUUCAAAUGUAUCAGAUAAGGAAGAUAUAAACAACCAAAAACGAUGUUCCUUGGGGAAGCCAGAACUCAUCUCAAUGGUGAGAUAAUAUAUGAAUGAAUGCUUAAAACGAAUAAAUUUUACUUAAGCAGGUGAUUUAAAUUUUAAACUCUGCUUUUUCUGCUUAACCCUUGAGUGAGUACUUCUUCCCAGUGAACACUUGAAACUUAGAUUCAUCUGCUUUUGUAGAACUCUGUUGCUCGAUGUUCUUUGGAUCAACCUUUACAUUUUCUUUCGCAGUUGUUUUGCUGUUUGAACCAAAGACAAGCUUCCCUGUCUUUUGUCGUGGCGUGUUGCUUGACAACUUCUCAUCGUCUUUGCCAUUCUCACUUGGCUUUUCUUCUUCUUCAGUUGAUAUUGUCUGUGUUUUUCCAUCCAAACGUUUUCCCGAUCCAGUAAACGGUGUGAAUUUAGGAACUUUGCUUAUUGGUUCCUCUUCCUCAACUGCAAGA